CUGGCCCGGCUUUGUGGAGCGCUGCGGUGAGUGCGCGCGGGCCGCGGCCGCCGAACAAAGGAGCAAGGGCACCGCCGUGGGGACCCGCCACCUAUCUCCCGGAGCCGAGCCGCGGCUUCCCGUCCGCCGCCACCAUGACCGCUAACGGUACGGCCGAGGCGGUGCAGAUCCAGUUCGGCCUCAUCAACUGUGGCAACAAGUACCUGACGGCCGAGGCGUUCGGGUUCAAGGUGAACGCGUCGGCCAGCAGCCUGAAGAAGAAACAGAUCUGGACGCUGGAGCAGCCGCCCGACGAGGCAGGCAGCGCGGCCGUGUGCCUGCGCAGCCACCUGGGCCGCUACCUGGCGGCGGACAAGGACGGCAACGUGACCUGCGAGCGCGAGGUGCCCGGCCCCGACUGCCGCUUCCUCAUCGUGGCGCACGACGACGGCCGCUGGUCGCUGCAGUCCGAGGCGCACCGGCGCUACUUCGGCGGCACCGAGGACCGCCUGUCGUGCUUCGCGCAGACAGUGUCCCCCGCGGAGAAGUGGAGCGUGCACAUCGCCAUGCACCCGCAGGUCAACAUCUACAGCGUCACCCGAAAGCGCUACGCGCACCUGAGCGCGCGGCCGGCCGACGAGAUCGCCGUGGACCGCGACGUGCCCUGGGGCGUCGACUCGCUCAUCACCCUCGCCUUCCAAGACCAGCGCUACAGCGUGCAGACCGCCGACCACCGCUUCCUGCGCCACGACGGGCGCCUAGUGGCGCGCCCCGAGCCGGCUACUGGCUACACGCUGGAGUUCCGCUCCGGCAAGGUGGCCUUCCGCGACUGCGAAGGCCGUUACCUGGCGCCUUCCGGGCCCAGCGGCACGCUUAAGGCGGGCAAGGCUACCAAGGUGGGCAAGGAUGAGCUCUUCGCCCUGGAGCAGAGCUGCGCCCAGGUUGUGCUGCAGGCGGCCAACGAGAGGAACGUGUCCACACGCCAGGGUAUGGACCUGUCUGCCAAUCAGGACGAGGAGACUGACCAGGAGACUUUCCAGCUGGAGAUCGACCGUGACACCAAAAAGUGUGCCUUCCGUACCCACACGGGCAAGUACUGGACGCUGACGGCCACCGGGGGCGUGCAGUCCACUGCCUCCACCAAGAAUGCCAGCUGCUACUUUGACAUUGAGUGGCGUGACCGGCGCAUCACACUGCGGGCGUCCAAUGGCAAGUUCGUGACCUCCAAGAAGAACGGGCAGCUGGCCGCCUCGGUGGAGACAGCAGGGGACUCAGAGCUCUUCCUCAUGAAGCUCAUCAACCGGCCCAUCAUCGUGUUCCGCGGGGAACACGGCUUCAUUGGCUGCCGCAAGGUCACAGGCACCUUGGAUGCCAACCGCUCUAGCUAUGACGUCUUCCAGCUGGAGUUCAACGACGGCGCCUACAACAUCAAAGACUCCACAGGCAAGUACUGGACGGUGGGCAGUGACUCCGCGGUCACCAGUAGCGGCGAUGCCCCUGUGGACUUCUUCUUCGAGUUCCGUGACUACAACAAGGUGGCCAUCAAGGUGGGCGGGCGCUACCUGAAGGGUGACCACGCAGGGGUCCUGAAGGCCUCGGCGGAGACCGUGGACCCCGCCUCGCUCUGGGAGUACUAGGGCCUGGCCGAUCCUGCCGACACGGGGCCUCCUCCCAACCCUCCCUGCUAACCCCUUCUCCAGGUGGGCUCCGGGGCCGGAGGCAAGCCCCCUUGCCUUUCAAACUGGAAACCCCAGAGAAAACGGUGCCCCCACCUGUCGCCCCUAUGGAUCCCCUACUCUCCCCUCCACCAGGGUCCCCCACUCCCCUAGGGUCAGCAGCUUUGGCCUGGCCCUGGGAGGGAUUUCAGAUGCCCCUGCCCUCUUGUCUGCCAUGGGGCGAGGCUGGCACCUCUUCUGACCUCAGACGGCUCUGAGCCUUAUUUCUCUGGAAGUGGCUGAGGGGUGGGGUGGGGUAGGGUGAGGCUGGGAGCCCUGGGCGUUUAGUGUAACUGGAAUCUCCUGCCCCUCCCAGCCAUCUCCUCCCCGCCCCCUAGGAGCCGGGCACGUGUCCCAAGCCUGUCAGUGGCCUCCCUGGUGCACGACGUGAAAUAAUCCCUGCUUGGAAAGGGAAGCUGUCGGUGGGCUAGGACUGAUCCUCGGGUUCUUUUUUUUGGGUGGUGGCUGGAGACAGCUCCUCUCCCACUUGGCAGAGGCUCAGCCCGGCUCCCUUGCCACAAGCAGCAGGGCGUGUUGGCCACAAGGUCUGUCUGCCUGCUGCACGUUCUGCCAGGGUGGUGGGUGGGGGCAGGGGUGUGAGGGCUGUCUUUCUCCUUUUUCCUUUCACCCUGGCCUGACUGGAAGCAGAAAAUGACCAAAUCAGUAUUUUUUUUAAUGAAUAUUAUUGCUGGAGGCGUCCCAGGCAAGCCUGGCUGUAGUAGUGAGUGAUCUGGGGGUGCACCUCUCCCCCCCUCCGUCCUACUCAUCCAGCCCCAGCCACAGGCCUGGGCUGCAGAUGCCUGGGCCAGAGGCCCCGCUGUGAUUGGUGCUCCCUGGGCCUCUUGGGUGGAUGAAGCCAGGUGUCACCCCCACCCCGGGAGCCCUGGGGUGAGCAGCCGGGCCCCCCUGCUGCCAGCCUCUACCCCCUUCCCGACAUGCAUCUCACUCUGGGUGUCUUGGUCUUAUUUUUUGUAAGUGUCAUUUGUAUAACUCUAAACGCCCAUGAUAGUAGCUUCAAACUGGAAAUAGCGAAAUAAAAUAACUCAGUCUGCAGCCCCA